UUUCCCUUAGAAACGAUUACCGCCAUUAUAAACUGCAGUGUGUGUUAUAUUUGGUUGCAGCAACCGAGUGAAAGUUCUGCAAAAUGCCACCAAAGGCAGCACCAAAGUCCAAACAGGCCUCAAAGGGAAAAUCCUCCAGACCUACAGGAAAACCAGGGAAGGAUGGAGAUGAUAUGACAGACAUUGGAGACACAGAUGGAGAUGACUGGAUGAAUACAAAAACCUUAGUGAAACCUGAUGACCAACUGGAUCUCACAGAACAGGAAUUGAAAGAGGAGUUUACCCGUAUUCUGACAGCAAAUAAUCCUCAUGCUCCACAAAACAUUGUCAGAUACAGCUUCAAGGAGAAGCAGUACAAACAGACAUCCCAUGUGGACCAGCUGGCCAUCCACUUUGCACUGGAUGGUAACAUGCUACAUAAGGACUCAGAUGAGGCAAAGAGACAGAGAGCCAGACUAGGAAUUCCUGAGGCUGGAGAAGUAGCAGGAAGUGAAGGAGGGGAGGCCACUCCUGCAGUAGGUGCUGUUCCUGCCGAGGGAGAGGAAGGAAAAGAAGAGGCUAAGGAGGGUGAACAAAGGGAGGAGGCAGCUACCCCUGCUGCUGGGGCCCCUGCUGGUGCAGAAAAACUGACCAACCAGUUUAACUUCAGUGAAAGAGCCUCCCAAACCUACAACAACCCAUACAGAGAGCGGGGUACAGCCACUGAGCCUCCACCCAGGGCUACAUUCUCCUCCAACGUUACACAGUGGGAAAUAGCAGAUGCUUACCAUGAAGAUUUUGAAAAACAGGAAAAGAGCAAAGAGAAAAAGACCAUCCCUGGAAGAAAAGAGGAGGAAAAGACUAGAAAGAAGCUAACCAUAACCGAAACACAGGGUGAUGACAUAUCACGCAUUUCCAAAGCCACCAAGAUUGUAGAGAGGAUGGUCAAUCAGAACACAUACGACGACAUUGCUCAAGACUUCAAAUACUGGGAGGAUCCAUCUGAUGAGUAUCGAGAUAAUGAGGGAACCAUGUUACCUCUGUGGCGAUUCUCCUAUGAGAAGGCGAAGAAACUAGCAGUUACCUCCCUUUGCUGGAAUCCCAAAUAUAAAGAUCUUUUUGCUGCUUCCUUUGGAUCUUAUGACUUCAUGAAGCAGGGUAGUGGAAUGAUUCUUUUCUACUCCUUGAAAAACCCUUCGUUUGCUGAGUACAUCUAUGAGACAGAUAGUGGAGUCAUGUGUCUUGACGUCCAUCCAGAACACCCGUAUAUGGUAGCUGUAGGGUUCUAUGAUGGAAGUGUCGGUGUUUUUAAUGUGCAGAAAAAAGAGCCUGUACAUAGGUGUACAGCGAAAAAUGGCAAACACACAGAUCCAGUUUGGCAGGUAAGGUGGCAGAAAGAUGACUUGGAAAAUAAUCACAACUUUUACUCAGUGUCUUCUGAUGGUCGAAUAGUUCACUGGACAAUUAUCAAGAAUGAACUCCUGUUUGAAGAUGUGAUCACGCUGACUAUGCCUGAUGCCCCGGCAGAGGGUCCUGACGGAACCAAAAUCAAUACUAUUGGGUGUGGAACAGCUUUUGACUUUCAUAGAAAGAACGAUUACCUGUUCCUUGUUGGGACAGAAGAAGGUAAAAUCCACCAGUGUUCCAAAGCCUACAGCAGUCAAUUCCUGGACACAGUAGAUGCCCACAACAUGGCUGUGUAUAAAGUGCGCUGGAACCCAUUUCACCCUAGGAUAUAUAUCACAUGUAGUGCUGACUGGACGGUGAAAAUCUGGGAGGUUAGCAGCAAGACUACAGCAGACAGAAGUGAGGGCACUCAAGUGGAGGCACAGACAAAGAAACCUCUGUUUACUUUUGAUCUGAACAACUCCGUCGGUGAUGUGGCGUGGGCACCCUACUCCUCCACUGUGUUCGCCGCAGUCACAGCAGAUGGAAAGAUGUUUGUAUAUGAUCUGAAUAUCAACAAAUAUGAACCCCUUUGUGAACAAAUGGUAGCCCAGAAGAAGAAGACUAAGUUAACACACAUAGAGUUUAAUCCUAAAGACCCCAUUGUUAUUGUGGGAGAUGAUAGAGGAAAUGUAACAAGUUUAAAGAUUUCACCAAAUCUUAGGAAAUUGCCAAAGGAAAAGAAAGGAGCGCCCCCGAUGGACCCAAAGCAGAAGGAGGAUAAUGAAAUUGCCAAGUUAGACAAAAUCUUAUCAAUGGUCAGGGAACCCAAUGAAGACAAGAAAUAAACGAUUGGUUUCUAUUUGGGGGGAAUCUACUCUUUAUUGGAGAUCUUACCUUGAAAGUUUGACCAAACAAUUUUCUCCACUUUUUGACCAUCUGUUCUUGAAAUAAUAUUUUUAAAAGAAAAUUACUUGAUGUCUAAAAUCCAGAAUGUUAAUGUAUUGAGUAUGUGAAUUGUUUAACUAUUUAUUGUGUAUUUUUCUAAUGACUUUGUUAAGAAAUGAUCAGAACUGUUAUGAUGCAAUAAUUUUGACUGUGUUACAAAUUGAUGCUUUCUUUUUGUAUGAAAAAUGUGAUAUAUACUGUAUUGACUAAGUAUCUUAAGAUAUAUUUUUAAUUAUUAAACUGAUGAAACACCCUUA